ACAUUGGCCUAUGCGGGACAUCCCCCUGUAAUCUCAUGGACCCGAAAGCUGCGUGCAAAGCAGAACCUGCUGGGUACACCUGCACAUGUAGCUCAGACGCCUUCUUUGGACUCAAGUGCGAGAGCACUCCACAGGGGUGCGACCACCAGGAAGAAUCCUACUGUAUCUGUGCAGUGGACAAUCUUCCAGUCAAGUUCCCUCUGCCUACCCCGACUCCAGACAAUGGCGCCAACACCCGGGACGUCCUCGCGGGGAUCACCGGCAUUGUCCUGGGCUGGGUGCUAGGGUCGCUUGCGUUAUGUGUGUGCCAGUGGUUCGGCUGUUGUUCAGAUGGUCUCUGUGUCGGCGGGAACAGGAGAAGCCCCCGUGACAAGCCCUGGAUGAGACCCGACAGUGCUGCAAG